UUUUAUUUGCUACCUGAGGUACUUCCUCUCAACCCCCAGCUGAGCUCACAGAAGCUCUGAACUUUGGAUGCAAUGAUUUCUGAACUGUGUGCACACAGAAUUCCUGUAUGAUUAUAACUUGACUGAAUAAUUUGGCACAUAUUUCCUGCUGACAGGACAACGUCAACAUCCUUCUUAAGGCUUGUGUCUGGACUAAAAGUAUCCCUGCUUUUUCAUCCUAGAAAAGUGCCGGACACAUACACAAACACAACUAUCAGGCAGGCAUCAGAAGACCAUUAGGAGGCUUAAAAAUGCACUUGAAGAUUGUGCUUCUUCACGGGGCAGUGUAAGAGACAGCGGCAUUGGAGACGGCUGGCACUUAACAAGACAGGAGCUCUUCCCAUUACAGGCUGCAAAGGACUCAUUGGACUGCUUGAACUCACUUGACUCCUGGAUUCAUAGAAUAUCCCCAAGACACCCCAAGACACAAAAACAGCACUAAAGAACCAGAGCUGGUAUUCAAUAUGUCAGAAAACUAUCGCCGCUCAGCGGUGGUCGCCCCAAAGACCACCAGUCAGUUCAACCAGUUUCUGCCAAGCAAAGACAAGCAGUCGGGCUACGUUCCCGCACCACUACGCAAGAAGCGCACUGACAGCAUUGGCAGUGAAGAAAACAGACGUAGCUGGGCGAGUCCCAUGUUUACAGAGGAGGAUGGCUCUUUCUCUAGACUGUUGCAAAAGAACUCAGAUAGUGAUGGGGCUAUGUCAUUGAGUGACAUCCCUGUUGAGCAGGCACUUCAAAAGAUUCGCUACGACGAUCUGCAGAAGAUGCGUGAACAGGUGAAGGAGAAUGAAGACAAGUGGCAGGAUGAUCUCACAAAAUGGAAAAACAGGCGCAAGAGUGUUAACUCAGAUAUCAUGAAAAAGAAAGAAGAGAGAGAACAAAUCGAGGUACUUACUUCAGGGAGCACCAGAAGGAAAUCAAAGACUUUUAAGGAAAUGGAAGAGGAGAGGGAAAGCAGAGAGCCAAGCUACAGGAAUCGCUUCUCUACCUUCUCCACUUCUGAUGACCAGGAUGUCUUUGAAGAACCAACACCCAAAACCAGGGUUUUACCAAGCCGCAGCAAUACCGUAGAUAUUCCCUACUCCCUGAGCCGAUCUAAAGUGCGCUCUCUGCCCAGUUUGCUAGAUGAUGAACCUGAGACUGGCAGCCUGCCAACAGAUAAGACAGAUGCUCCAUCCAGUCCUGUCCAGUCCAGCUUAGGGCAUGGCCACAGCCUCCUGGAUGAUCCAGUUCCAACCAGUGCCACCAGCAAACCCAGUCUACUAGAGCCCGCCAGCACCACUCAGUCAACUCGCACAAGCACCACACUGCAGGCCAACAGCAGCUCAAAACCAAUUACAAAAUCCAGCAUCUCUGCUACCCCUACCCCUGCACCUAGGCAAGACCAAAGCCAGACAUCCUUGUAUAAACCGGUGGCAACAGAAGCAAAGCAGCCCAUUGCACCUCGGGUUUCUGCUUCACUCCCUAGGAGCUACCAGAAAUCAGAUACUGCACGCAUCACUUCUGUCAUCACUCCCAGACCAUUUGGUGCUCCAAAUGCCAAAAUUGCAUCCCUGCCCCGUUCCUAUACGGUGGGUGACCCUCAGAAGCACUUUAAUGGUGAGACAAACAGUAGUAUGAAUACUACAAUUAAUUCCCGGACCAGUUCUGUACAGGAAAAGGAGCAAGUGUUUCCCCCUUCUCAGCCCUCGUCUGCUAUCACUCCAGUCAGCCGUGUAGCCCCACAACCCAAAGUUUCUCCUGUCAGCAGCACACAGCAGGAAAGCUACAGUGACAUGAGGAUCAGCCUGAACCAAAAACCAAACAGCAGCCAUGACUUUGGCUUCCAGACUAACUGGGACUCCACAGGAGCCAUUGUUAAAUCUAUAAAACAAGGCAGUCCAGCAGAGCUGUUCCACCUGCAGGUCGGGGAUAAGAUCUUGGCAGUGAAUGGCCAGAAGGUGGCAGACAUGAGCUAUGAACAGUGGAAAAGGAGCAUGGAUAAAGCCCUGCAGGAUGGUAGCCUGUUUAUGGACAUCCGCAGGCAGGGAAAGAACAACUGGGGCAAAGACCUACCUUCCCUUCCAUUUAAAAGCCAUAAGGUCAUCAAUCUCACCAGUACGGAUCCUCUAGGUUCCCCUGAGCCAUAUGGCAACAUGAGCCUGGACUUCACCUCACGCCCAGCCAUGGAUCCCACUGUGAAAUCUCUGAAUGUCAGCUCCCAGCCUAUCAAUCGUCUACCUUCCAAUGGCAUUAAAGGUGGCAUUAAUGAGGAACCUGUGCGUCUAAGAAAUGAAGAACCCAUUUCUUUAAAAAACCUUAAAAGGAGAUCGGAGUUUUUUGAACAAGGUGGAUCUGAAAAUCAGAUAGCAGAUCUACCAGUUCCGUCUCACUCAGCCUCCUCUACUCGCUGGUCCUGGGACCCAGAGGAAGAGCGCAGACGACAGGAGAAAUGGCAAAAAGAGCAGGAUCGCCAGCUCCAGGAAAAAUAUCAACGCGAUCAAGAAAAGCUAAAGGAGGAGUUUAGGAAAGCCCAGCAAGAGGCUGUAACAGAAGUCACAAAACAAUAUCAAGAGGAGGUGAGGAGCCUUGAGAUGGAACGGGAGGCCUCGAGACUCAAAGAGGAAGAGGAGAGGAGAGAGGAGGAGAGGAAAAGAAGGGAGCAACAGGAGCGCCUUGAGGAGGAGAGGAAAAGAAGGGAGCAACAGGAGCGCCUUGAGGAGGAGAGGAAAAGAAGGGAGCAACAGGAGCGCCUUGAGGAGGAGAGGAAAAGAAGGGAGCAACAGGAGCGCCUUGAGGAGGAGAGGAAAAGAAGGGAGCAACAGGAGCGCCUUGAGGAGGAGAGGAAAAGAAGAGAAGAGCAGAAAAAGAGGGAAGAAAUUAAACGACUGGAAGAGCAGAGAAAGAAGGAAGAAGAGGAGCUUAAAAGAAGGGCGGAGGAAAAUAGAAGGAGAGAGGAAGAGGCACUGAGACUGCAAAGGAAAAGAGAAGAAGAGGAGGAGAGGAGGCGCCAAGAGGCCCAGCAGAGACUUCAGGCAAAUGAUGCGGAGUAUGCUUUCCCUGAGCUAUCCUACUCACACAGGGCCAAAUCCAAAUCUACUCCAGAGCUGGAUGACAAAGAAAGAACUGAUAUUAAAGGUGUGUAUAGCAAGCACAAGGGUCUGGCGGGUUGGCUUCUGGAGGAAGAGUUACGAAGGAAGAAAGAUCCGCAUAUCCUGAGACAGCAAGCUGCAUCUGAGCUGGAACUAGAAAGGAGAAACAUCCUUAGUGCUAUGAGAUUCAGUAACCCAGAGAGAGCUGUAAACAGUGGUCUGGGUGAGAGCUUUUUGAAUAAGGUCGACCAGAAUAAGAAAGAGCCGACAUCUCAGGCUGAAGCGGAAAGGCAGCAGAUCAUUCAGGACAUGAAAAAGAAGACUUCAGUGCAGCCAGACAGCAACUGGAUACGACAAAGUAGUGUCAACAAUGUGAACAAACAGCCUGUCUACGUUCCUAUGAGGAGAGGUGAGUCUCUGGACAACCUGGACAUGACAAAAAAUCACCAAUCCUGGAGGUCAUCAUGGACUCCGGGGACCAGUUCCUCCAUCCCAGACUAUAGCCGUCCUUAUUCAUCUCUGAGUUCCAAUAGGCCGUUAUUGCCCCAGUCCACUUCCACCACCCCCACACAACCUGACAAUCAGCUAUCCUCACGAAACAGGUCAGUCAGUGGCAAGAAAACGUGUACUUACUGUGAUAUGACACUUGGCAAAGGAGCAGCAAUGAUCAUCGAGUCCCUGGGGCUCUGUUUUCAUUUACAUUGCUUUAAGUGCUUUCAAUGCAAAGCUGACCUUGGCGGCUCAGAAAGUGGAGCUGAAGUCAGGAUACGAAACAAACAGCUCUUCUGUACCUCCUGCUAUAUGCGAGUCAAAACAGGGCAGCCAACUGCCAUGUGACCUUACUGGAUUAAAGCAGAUUGAGGAAGAACCUGGUCCACAUACAUAACCAAGAACACUAAUACUGGAGUUAUGCAUGAGGACAACAUUAUGGGAUAACAGACUCAUAACAGAUAACAGAUUACACCUGGUACACCUGCUUAAACAUCUCUGCUUCCUUUUGACCUAUUAAGAGGGGAGAGGUAAAGUUAUAAGUUUCCAUAAAGUAUUAUUAACUAUGCUUGCAGAAAGUACAAGGGAUAUGCAUUUACUUAGAACUUAGCAAUGUAUUGGAAAUAAUUGUCGUUGUGUUCUGCACACAUGAAAGUUCCUGAUGAUUUGUCAUGUUAGACAUAUGUCAUGAAGGUCUCUUUUUCAUUGCUUUUCAAGUCUAUCUUCAUCAGACUUCUGUAUGUUAUGGUGUGUUAGCAAAUAUCCUGUCAUCUAUUCUUCACCGUGCCUUUAUGUUUGUGAUGGGGAACGAUUAUUUAGAAUAAAUAUAUUAAGAAUAUAUUUAAAAGUGAUAUGGUUUGUAGGAAGAGUUUUAUGGCAUCCAUUUAAGACAUUGAAGUAAGAUUUUCCACAAAGUUAAGCAAUCUAAUACAUACAAUAGAAAUGUAUUCACCAAUAUUUGUAAAUAAAGUGACCAAACCAAAAUGUAUGGCUUAGUAUAAAUUUAUUGAAUUGAUCCCCAGUUUAAUAUGACAUACAAUUAUGAGCUUCUGAGCUAUUUAUUGAUAUUUCUUGUUGUGUUGGAUCAUAUGUUGUUUGUAUGUAGGGAGUUCUACAUAUCUCAAAACAAUGGGUUGUGUGUGCAGAGCAAACAGGGUAUGGACUACAUCUGAUUAGGUUACAGCAAUAACCCACAUAGUUUACUGGACACUUACUCUUUAUUAUCACAUCGUUAAUCAGUUUAAUUUUGCAUAUUAUAUGCAGCUGAAAAAUUUGCAUAUUGUAUAACAUUAUUUGAUAACAUCUGGAACAAAGUGUGCCUGUUCUACCAUGACAGUGAGCCUGUGUACAAAGUUUCAUGAAGACAAGGUUUGCCAGGGUUACUAUGGAAGAACUUUAGUGGCCUGCACGGAGCUGUGACCUCAACCGCACUGAACUGGAAUAGUUACUUCAUCCCAGGCCAUCUUGUCUAAAUUCAGUGCCUAACCUCACCAAUUCUCUUGUGACUGUAUGGGCAAAUCCCUGCAGUCGCAAUCCAAAAUGCUGUGGAAAGUUAUAAUGGCACAGGGGGACUAAAUCUGCGAUGAGAUUUUCAAAAAGCACAUAGGUAUAUGAUGGUCAAGUAUCUACAUACUUUGAGCCAUAUGGCAUAUAGAAAGAGUUUCUAUAGAGUACUGUUAUACUGUUUCAGCAAAGUGAAAAUUUCAUUUUGAUUUCAUUUCAUUUUGAUCUUUUUUUGACAUUUUAUUUGAGCAAUAGUGAAGUGAAAACAACAAUAUAUGUAUACUGCUCUAAAGUCUCAAUAAUAGCUGAAUGAAUUGUCACAUGUUUUAAGAUGGAAUAUAUCAGGAUUAAUGUUUUAAAAGAACAAAAUCUGACUAAGUUUUUAGCUGUACUUCAUGGUAAGAGAGUCUGGAUGAAUUAGUUGCUGCCUUAAAAACAUCUUAACUAUUAAAGCUUUUAGUGCUUUUAAGAUUUUUAGUACUCUAUUUCAUUUAGGAAGAGGCAAACCAAAACAUUAUCCUCUGCUGUCCAUGCAAAACAGAUCAUUUAUAUGCAGCCUCACAAAGACCCUGGAUAUUGCAAUUGACUUUCCAUGGGUGAUUGAAUAUUCACUGAAAAUUUUUUUUGUGAAAUGAGGAUUUCCCACAUCUCACACACCUACCAGCCUCCUACUGUAGGCUGAAUUUUUAGAAGGCAUGAUGGCACCUUUUUUUAUUUGUGGUGAAUAUCCUGUGUACUGUAAGGUAGUGUUAAGGCUGUCAAGCCAAUGUGGCAAAUUGGAGAAUGUUUUAUGUAACAACUAAAUGUGUAAAACUGUUGAAUAAAAGAAUAAUUAACAGUG